CUAAGGAGCGGCCGCUGCAUCUCGUGUUGCGCCUCAUCCCCGGGACAAUGUGCAGCCGCCGCUCCCGGCAAUGACUUUCCAGCAGGAGGACGGGGUGAGCCUGUGCCACAAAGCUCUGCAGAUCGUGUCCGACCUCUGCCUCGGGGGUCACGUGGAGUGGGACAAAUGCUCCGGGAUCUUUCCCAGGACCAACCAGGGAGCCGCCAGCGCAGACAUUUCCGUCAGUCUUCUGGCCGUGGUGGUGAGUUUCUGUGGCCUGGCCCUGCUGGUCGUCUCCCUCUUUGUCUUCUGGAAACUGUGUUGGCCGUGUUGGAGGAACAAACCCCUCACUUGUACCAACCAUGUGGCGCCCCCAUGUGUGCCCAGCGCCCCCCCGGAGGUGGUGGAGACCGACGAGAAAAAGGAGAUCAAACAAAACGGGAGACAGUCAGUGAGACUGCAAGAAGCGGCCAUGAAGAUCAGUCACACAUCCCCCGAUAUCCCUGCCGAGGUGCAGAACGCCCUGAAAGAACAUCUCAUGAGACACGCCCGCAUUCAGAGACAGACUACUGAGCCCACCUCUUCCUCACGACACAACUCAUUCCGGAGGCACUUACCUCGGCAGAUGCAGGUGUCCAGCGUGGAUUUCAGCAUGGGGGUGGAGCCAAUACAGAGAGGGGAGACCACCACGAGCAUUGGCCGAAUUAAGCCGGAGUUGUAUAAGCAGAAAUCCGUUGACUCGGAGGACAACAAGAAGGAGGACGUUAAGACCUGUGGGACGUUGAAUUUCAGUCUUCAGUACGACUACGAGAAUGAACUCCUCAUGGUCAAAAUCCUGAAAGCCUUGGAGCUACCUGCGAAAGACCUGUGCGGCACGUCCGACCCCUACGUCAAGAUCUAUCUCCUUCCAGACAGGAAGAAGAAAUUCCAGACUCGGGUGCACAGGAAGACCCUCAACCCAAUAUUCGAAGAAACCUUUCAGUUCCCAGUAGCCUACGACCAGCUCAGCAACCGCAAGCUGCAUUUCAGCGUCUACGACUUUGACCGGUUCUCUAGGCACGACAUGAUCGGGGAAGUCAUUCUGGACAACUUGUUUGAAGAAUCCGACCUGUCCAGGGAAGCCACGGUUUGGAAAGACAUCCACUGUGCCACGAGCGAGAGUGUGGACCUGGGCGAGAUCAUGUAUUCCCUGUGUUAUCUGCCCACGGCCGGGAGAAUGACAUUAACCGUUAUCAAGUGCAGGAAUCUCAAGGCCAUGGAUAUCACCGGCUCUUCUGAUCCUUAUGUGAAGGUUUCCCUGAUGUGUGAUGGGCGGAGACUAAAAAAGCGAAAAACCACCACCAAAAGAAACACCCUGAAUCCUGUUUAUAACGAGGCGAUUAUUUUUGAUAUUCCGCCAGAGAACGUGGACCAAGUCAGUCUUUCCAUAACUGUGAUGGACUAUGAUAGGGUGGGGCACAAUGAAGUGAUCGGGGUGUGCAGAACUGGAGUGGAAGCAGAGGGGCUUGGCAGAGACCACUGGAAUGAGAUGUUGGCGUAUCCGAGGAAACCAAUCACUCAUUGGCAUGCGCUGGUAGAGCUACCUGGUCGGGCUACGAGUUUCGAUAGCCAAGGAUCUUGCUCCUCACCUAAACCACCGCCUACACCUUAGCUUCACCAACUUAGGCAUUUCUCUUCUCUUUCCAUGGGUCAGACCAUGAGAAGGCACCAUGUCCCCUCAAGGAGGAGCCAGUACAUUGCAAACCAUAAAGUGCUGAGUUCAACCAUAACGUGUUCCGUUCACGAGACUCAACUCCAUCUUUACACUGGUCGAUCAUAAUUCUGGGGAGCAAGAAACAGAAGGACAUUUGAGACCGGAACCUUUAUAGGAAAUGGAAGAUUCCUCCAUAAAGCAGUUGGUCAAAACGUUUGGCUCCUUAUUGUCAUGCCUCUCAGGGGCCACAUAUCAAUGUAGAUUUAAGAAAAACACAAACUGAAAUUACCCAAUGGGAUGCAAAAGUAUAAACCUGGGGCAUUUUCCCUCACCGAAGCCUGGUCAGAAGUGCUGAUAUCUAUAAUCUUAUGGUCGUAGUACUUACCAGCGGGAUAUGUUUUACCCCAAGAGAGGGCACAAAGUAGCUACGCAAAUGACUUAAAGCUGAAAAAGGGAAAUGUUUCAAAUUUUCAAAAAGACUUUUCUGAUGUUCUCAACAAAGCCCAUGCUACAGAUGGUGCAGCAAUGACUAUUUUUGUUGAUGCCCCACAAAGGGCACUUGGGAGUUCUGAGGGGCAAAAGAAGAUGUGUGCUAGCAAGUCAUUCUUGUACACCGUGUAUUCGUCUGAACAAGGGUUCCCACAGCUGCUGAGGGUAAAACCCAGUUUUUCAGAUACCUCCUACCUCUGUUCUUUGUCCUGAUCACUCGCAGUUCCCCUAGCUCUGUACAUCGCAAUGACCGUGCCGUAGCACUUAUAUAUAUAUAUAUCAUUGCUUUGGUGUAGCCGAAAAUGAUAGAUGUAGCUAGCAUUACCCACACCGAGGAAUACCUCAGGCUAUGCCCGUUAUCUCUUAUGCACCAUAGCUUGAAAUAACACAAGUUCCUUGAAGAAUAUCCGGUAUAUUUGUGUAACUAUUAGGACAAACUCACAACACAACAUAGAUUUAAACUUGACCAAGAGGCUUCCAAUCCCUCUUAGUGGUGGACGUGCUGUGGGCAUCCAAAUUGUUGCAAGUUGUCCCAUAAUUCUCUGCCAAAUUGCCUCAUAUACAUGCUGUGUGCUUAUAUGCAAUAAGAUCUUAUGUGACGUCACAAUGGGUCAUUAUUUUAAUUGUUAUUUUUUUGCUAAUUGCAUUUCCUUUUAAAUAGUGAUAGGUAAUCCUCCAAAAAUAUUCAACUUUUUUUGUUUUUCUUUAAAACAUUUUAGCCAGUAGUGUUGUAAAACAGCAGCCUGAAACAACACUGAAAGGGAUAUUUGGCUGGCACGAAGUGACGUCACUUCUGGUGAGUUUAAUUUCAAAAAUUGCCAUGUCAUUUCUUUCAUUUGGCAGUCUUUUUUUUGGAAAUUUUCAUCAAUUUAGGAUCUAGUUUUUUUUAAAUAGUUCUUUGGCCAUUUAAUUGUGGAGGACAAUUCAGCAAUACAAUUCAAAAUUGUGCAUCCCCUGCUUUGACUUAAACUCAAGUCAACAUGGUGACUAUCAUCAUUGAAGAAAAUAUUUUUUUGAAAAAAAUAUUUAGGUGGGUUAGGUACAGUUCCAAAAAUAUUCCAUUUGCAGCAAUGUAGCAGAAUUAUUUUAAAAAAUAACAGGUUUACUUCUAUUUUCUCACGUAAGAGCCAAAUGUAUUCAUAUUUGAGUCGCCAUCAAAUCGAUUGUUUUUUUUUUUUAAAUUCCCAUUUUCUUGAUUUAUUUCUCAUUCACAGUGUCUUUUCACAAUCAAAGUUUUUCAAAUUAUUAAAAAUCUGGCCACCUAAAAGCUGCCAAGACAAAAAACUGAAUCUGGGAAAUCUAUAUAUAUAUAUUGUAGCAAAAUUUUAUAUAUGUUUUUUGCAUUUCUUGCAAUCAAAGUUGUUCAAGUAAAAGCUGCCAAGAUUU